AUGACAAAGACGGACGAAGAGAUAUUCUCGACUUUGCGGGAGUAUUCAGCUUGCGAUGUGUCAGAUGCCCUGCUGAAGCUCGAGAAAGCCCCUAAAGGUGCUACUAAAUAUGCUGGAUUUAUAGCAGACCUCGUACCAUUUUCUCCUUCCGAUAAGGAUACUGAGAAACUGCCAAAGAUAAUUGGGUAUGCGUCAACUGUCAAGUUUAUACCCAAAGAUGACCCAUUGCCUGCCGAGUCUCAGGAUGAAAGGCAUGGAUUCCCGUCUGGGACGCACUGGGUAGAUCAUAUAGACGCAGAUACCGUCAUCCUACUUGACCAGCCCGUGGGUCAGAGGUGUGCGGUCGUAGGGGGGAUUCUGGCCUCCCGAAUGAAGGUGAAAGGCGCAAAAGGCGCAAUAGUCAACGGCCGGGUGAGAGAUCUGGCUGAACUGCGCAACCUACAGUUUCCGGUAUGGGCUCGGGGCACAUCAACGGUAGGAGCAGGUGCUGAGGCCAAAGCUGCUCUCCGUAAUGUGCCAAUUUCGAUUCAAGGAGUGACUAUCUCCCCGGGAGACAUCCUAUUCUGUGAUCCGCUAGAGGGGGUCGUAGUCAUACCAAAUGGGUUGAUUGAUGAUGUCCUCGAAUUGAUGCCAAAGCUAGUUGCUGCAGAUGAGAAGGCAAAGAUGGACGUGUUGAAUGGAUCAACGGUCUUUGAAGCCUUUAAAAAGCACAGAAGCGGAUAG